AUGUCAGUCAGAGGCAGGGGGGAGGAGGAGAAUGAAGCCUCAGCAGCCACUUUACGAACGCGCUGGCUCGAACAAAAGGUGCAUCCUCCUGCCCUGGCCAGCGGGACGUCCAGGAACAGGAUGUUCCAGAAGGUUCAGUUUCCUCUCCAAGAUAUUCAGAGCCCUAAUAUCUCCACGAAGACUGUCUUCAUUUCCCCAGAGGUGAGACUAGUGGAACUGGGUGAUGCUGACCACCUUGCCAUUCUUCAAGGAUGCGCAGGGAUCCCAGGUGCCUCUGACCCAAAAGGAGAACCAGAGCUCCCAGGAGCAACAGAAGCCAGGAACUGCCACGAGCUGCUGGGCAAAGGGAAGUUCCUGAGCAGCUGGUACACCCUCUACCCCCAGGGCUGAUAUGCCACCACUGUCUUCUGCAACAUGGACACGGAUGGUGGGGGAUGGAUUGUUUUCCAGAGGCACUGGGAUGGGUCAGUGAACUUCUUGGGAGACUGGGACUCAUACAAGUGAGGCUUUGGCAACCAGCUGACAGAGUUCUGGCUGGGGAAUGACAACAUCCACCUCCUCACCUCUCUGGGUACACUCUGA